UAAUUGGGAUGCCAAUGGGAGGCCCUCCGACUCCCGGGCCGAUAUCGGUAUCAGCUCCGGUGAAAUAGGAUAGCGCUAUCAUACUUGUGCGAGCACCGUAGAUAAUUCACAAGUGGCGCAAAAUCUUUGAACUAACAUCUAGAGAAAAGCUUGUCACCCUCCACCCCCUCUUUUUGUAUCUAGCCAUCUCCAGUGGUCAACAGGCAUCCCUUGGCGGCCCAGCAAAACACCGAAAGCCCAAAUAUCGUACCGGUAUUCAAGGUCUAUAAACAACCCGCCCCUGCUUUCCUUCAAACAGUUCAACUAAAAUGCCAAGAGGAAACAGAAAUCCCGGGGAAAUGAAGGGGAAAAAAAACGAGUGAGGUUACAUAGCAGUGGUCCUCGUUAACAAUUAACCACCGAGAAGCAAAACGGAACUCCAUACAUACAUACACCUAGUCCGGAGCCAAACACACAACUUCGCGAACUUCAGAGAGCAAGGGUAAGGAAGCCCGGAGCGCGGUUUCGGCCCCCACUCACAACUUAUUCACUACAGUUAGUCACUCGUUGGUUGGGGCGGUUACACGCGGAACGGGAACGCGCUUUCAGUGGGGUAUCAUGAGGUGUAGGGCUUACCAAGGAAAAGAAGGUGUAGUGGAAAAUAUCAAGUGAAUUCAGAAUGCUUUGACCACCCACACUGCCAAAGUUACGAAUACGGAAAUGAGAGAAGGCAGGAAAAAGUAAAAAAAAAAAAAAGGGAAGAAAAAGGGAAAAAAAGAAAGCCAACCGAACCCGAGAAGCCCCGAACGAAUGAAAGAAACAGUGGAAAGGGGGAAGGAAGAAAAGGGAGGAAGGAAGGAAGGAAGGAAGGAAAAAAAGAAAGAAGCAAGGGUGAAAUAAAAAACAAGGCUUUUCCGUGACUACUAAAAUAAGAACCCAAUAUGGUAGAAACCCUUGGGGAGAGAGAGGGGGGAAGGGCGAUUGUGGUGGCAGCGAUAAUAAGAAUAAUAGAGCCACGAUGGUGCUAAGUCGGCCGCAAUGCCUCCAUCCGAUGAUGAAAUGGCGAAAAGUGCAAGUGGGUGGUAGGUGGUGUAAAGUGUGGUAUGGAACUCUACCGGUGUGUAAAGGAACGGGCUCCUCCGCGGAAAUACUCGUAGGAAGGCCUUUCCACGGCUGCUCCCUUACUUAACCAAAGCACCCUUCCAUUUCCCCAUCCCUUUUGUUUUCUUCCCAUUUGUCCUUCCCCACCAAGGCAACAGAACCGACAAUCACGAGUGGAAAACAAAAAAAACUACUGCUACAAGUUAAAAAGAACCGUCAUACAACUUCUGCGCCUGUUUUUUCCCCCUUCCUCAAUCGUCCCCCUCCCGCCUACUCCUCCAUCCAGCGGCCCCCGCCAGAAAAUCCAGCUCUCCCCUUGUAGCACCGGCAGAAUCUGCACCCUGCACCCGCCCCCCCGGCAUCCCGUUCGGAAUCAUGAAGAAGUCGAACGCAGAGCUAGUGGUGGACGUAGGCGUAGAUGCAUUGGUCGCGAGGGGAUCGUUGGGGCCUGAAUCCACGAACGGGAAACCCUGGUAGGCCUUCAUACUUGGAGAAGCGGAGCUGCUGUUCAACCUUCUCCGUGAAGAUGUACUCGACCCAUCUGUCAUUUCACCGUCGUCAUCGACUUCACUGUCGUCAUAGCCCGUUAUGGGAGAUAGGGGGCCGCCGUGCUCAUUGUGUGGCCCGCGCCAUUGCGGGGGGAGAGUUGGUUCAUGAUGCGGUAGCUGAAGCGGUGGCGGCGGCGGCGGUGGUGGUGGUGGUACCGACGAUGAUGAAGGUGGGUUUAUGCCUACGCCCAUUCCCAAACCGAAGUUCUCACCCGCUCCUACGGUCGAGGUGUACCCCGGCGCGGCGUUACCCAACCCACGUUUGCGGAACUGUUCCUGCUGCAGAUAUCCGGCUGAAGCGUCUAACACGCCCACGGCGUACUCCAUGAAUUCUGCCCCGCGGGAGGAAACGCGGAGGGUCCAGCGGUAUUCGCUUAGCCUUGCUUUGUAGAAUUCCGCCUCCUGUGUGUUUGGGCUUGUCGCCCAAAGAAGGGACCCGAAUGUGCCAAUAAGGGCGAAAUUCACUUUCGAGGCAAAAUACCAGAAUGAUUGCAGGUGUUCGGGUUUCAAACGGUUCACAAAGUCCAUUGCCGAUAUUAAUCGUGUUUUGGCGGCGGAUCGGCAAAUGUGGUGGAUGUAGGAUUCGGUGUUGGUUGGGGGGCUCAAUGAGCGCAAAAUUUGCCUGUGCAGGGUUAUUUCCGUUGCAAAAUAUGCAAGGUGCAGGUAACCUGGUUAUUGCCUGUUAGGAUAUUUUUGUUUUUUAUAUUUUAUUUUCCAUCCGUUUUCUCUUUUUUCUCAGGGGGGGUGGAGGAACAAACGAACAGACGUGAUGGGGGUCUAACCGUUGGAAGAUAGCUUUCUAACCUUGGUAGCAUCCAUUCUCAGGCAUUCCGGCAACUUUGAGAACCAUUCCUUGAGCCUGAUCUGUAUAGGUUUCGCUUUUUCGAGCACGCGAUUAAUUCCCCCCCUCCCCGCAAGGUUCUGCUGAGCCUCAAGUGUGAAAAAGGUCUCCAAGACGUCCGCCAUGAUGCCGCUCAGGUUGAUCAUCUGCUCGAACAGCAUCCUUCCCUUCUCCACCUCCGAGCUCCCCUCCUCAUCAUCUUCGUCGGCCGCGUUCUCUGGGAAAUCCUCGGCGGUUACCGCCGACACUGCCCAAUUCGAUCGAGUUAUGUGCGAAGGCCGACCAUGUGUCAACGCCCCCCACUUAUCCUGCAUGAAUAAUCCCCAUGCCAACCGCUUCCUGAGCCCCCGUUCCCAAGGCGGAAUCUUCCACCCCUCACAGUUCAAGUGAAGUCCCAGCUCCUGCCCCACAGCAACAAGCUGACAUGUCAGCGCCCAUGACCCACCCUUCAAAUCCGAGUGCCGCUGCAAUAACAAGAGACCAGCCUGCACGGCGGCCAGCUUCGGCCGGUGCAUCACGUCCGCGAUGGUCUUGCUCGCCAAUUUCUCCAGCGCUGCCACAUCCGGUUUUUUCUGCGGGGACAAGUCCCUAUCGUAUGACCACCAGUGCAGCGCGAGGAUGUAUACGGCCGCCAGUAGCGGUGGUGAGAACUCGCGAUGCGUUCGCGAGUACUUUUCCAGAAAAACUUUUUUGUGCAGGAUCGGGAAGGACGGGUGUACGAUUCUGAAGUAGAGGUUUAUCAGCGAUUGGCCGUGCGGGGCCACGAUUCUCUCUAUCGCAUCCAGGUCGUCGAAGAUCUCGCCGUGAUUCUGUGUUGGGUGGUCAGGAAACAUUAGGAAGGUAAUCUCGUCAGACGCUCUUCUAAAAGACCCGCCGGCGGAGGACAACAUGUAUUCGUCCCUCUGGUCAAAGGGGCAAAGGUCUAUCAGACAUGGCUCGUACUCGCUCGUUGGACCUAUUAAUUGGGAGUGGCGGUGGCCUUGCAGCCCCAGCGUUGUCUUAAGAAGGGAGGGCCCCCGUAGGUUUGCGUAAUCAUCGACUGGUAUGUUUCCACGGAUAGCGACUUCUUGGGGGGAUUCUGGUUCAGUAGACCUGCUUUAAGGGAGGAGGUUCCAACGGUAAGCUUCACAGAUAAUCAAUCGCCAAGGUAAAAAAGAAGAAGGAAUGCGAAUAUAAUAUAUCAUUACUCUCCCCGAGGGGAAAAAAACGACGGGAACAAUUGGAGCAAGAAUGUGGGGUGCCGCACUAGCCGAGGCAUAUGGAGCGCGCGAUAGAUGGUAAUAAGGUUAAGGUGUUCCAGUAGAAUGUUGUAUAGGAUGGAAAGAGAAGUGAAAAAUAGGGAAUCAA